AUGGCAACUUUCAACAUUAGCCGCUGGAAUGAAACCACAUCCCUCUAUCAGUAUCUUGGCUUUCAAGUGCAGAAAAUUUACCCUUUCCAUGACAACUGGAACACUGCCUGUUUUAUCAUCCUGGUUAUAUUUAUAUUUACUGUAAUAUGUUUGGUGGUACUAGCCUUUUUAUAUGAGCUGCUUGACUGCUGCUGUUGUGUUAAAAACAAAACCAUGAAAGACUUAGAAAAUGAACCCAAUCCUGUUAGAUCUAUGAUGAACAGCUUCAGAAAGCAUGAAACGGAAGUGGUGUAGUGGUGGAAUGAUCUUCAGCACCGGAAACAAACAGAUGUUCAACAUUAUAUUGAAGCCUCUUGUAUUUUAGGACCAAGCAAUUCAGAUCCUGUUUAGCCUUAAAUAUUGCUAUUAGCAGUCCCUUUUUUGCCAAUGGGUAGAAACCUGAAAAGGUUACAAAAUACUUGCUAAUGGAUAAUGUCACUGUGUGGUGUGAAAACAGAGGGUUGUUUUGUUUUAUAAUGAACUGCUGUUGACUAGUACUAAUUAAAUAAAUUUCUGUUCAUGUAAUGAAUUGCUUUUUGCUUUAUUUAAAAUGCAGUCAGAAUAAAUGAAAGCAUAUUAAGAUAUCACAGAAUAUAAAAGUAUCAUUUGCCAUGCAAUCAAUUUGAUUAUAUCCUUAAUGUAUCAAAAUAGUAAUUUGAUACUCCAUUACCUCAAACAAGAGACUAUGCCGGGUUCAAACUAAUCUUUUGCAAAUCUGUUAAAAAUUAGAUACGUAAAAUAUAUGGAUUAUUAUUAGUUGUACAUCAAAACACUUUUUCUCAGUAGACAUUUCCUAGUUUCUUAGCAAUUAUUUCCCCAUAGCUAAUUAUAUAAUGAUCAUGUGAGCCCUACACAAGUACUGAUAAAGUCAGCUAAGAAACAGAGCCAAAGAAAA